AUGUCUAUGCAUAUUAUGGAUUGGGGGAGUUCAAGUACCAGACGAUUUCUACAGGCAGUUAAAUAGUAAUAGUUGUGAUAGUUAAAUAAAUCAUAAGAUGGUCAUUUUGAACCUAAAAAUUCUUCCAUAUGAGAGCCAAGUAAUUUCACGUCAGAAUUUAGAGAAAAAUAGUAAAAAUAAAAGAAUACGAUGAUCUUAUCGGUAACCAGACUAUAUUGCCCCCACGGUUAUUGUCCAAGAACACAGUCUUACAAGAAACAAAUUGCAAACAACACAUGUUCAAUAUUCCCUGAUAUUAUUAUAUAAAACAAGAAAAAUGUUUCGAAAAUUGUAUUUUAAAUGAAAUAACUUAUCACCAAGUUUUUACCAUACAUUGAGCCUGUUGUUCCUAGCUGGUGCAUAACUAAAUACCAGGUAGAAUUAUUAUUAUUUGAUUGAUCUCGCGUAUUGUAUCUAGACUUGAGCAAGUAUGUUUUACUUCCACCUUAAUCACACAUCAGUACUGGAUUUUGAUUCCUUUUACUUAAAAAGAUAUAUGCUGAAAUAAUUAACGAAGUAUGACUUAGGACAGACAUAUCAAUAUAUUGUUUACUAACAAACGUCAUUUUAAAAAUUGCAUAGUGUAUUACACAUGUACAUCAAGGAAAACUAAUCUAUGAGUUUAUGCCUUGUGAGUCAUGUGUCUGUUAAAAGUAUGGUACAGUAGGUUUAACUGAUAUGAAAUAUGAGCCCGUUUUUGAACCUUAAUUUAAAGAGUCUUCUUUUAACUAACCCAUCAACCAUUGUAAUUGUGUGUCAUAUGAUCGGAAGCCUUUUUAGGAUAUUAAUGCAGAAAACAUACACAUUUCUUUUUUAUGAGAUAUACCUUAAUUUCUGAAAACAAAAACAACAAUGUUAAUGAAUCGAGAAAUACUUGGAGCUCUAUGGUUGACUGCGGUGUUAUUUCUAACGUCAGUCUCCGCUAAACCUCGACAUAUUGUUUUCAUCGUUGCCGACGAUCUCGGAUGGAACGACGUUGGUUUCCAUAAUCCUACUAUGAUCACUCCUAAUAUCGACAAGCUUGCCUACAAGGGCGUUAUCCUUAACAGUUCAUACGUCCAACCACUCUGCACACCGUCUCGAAACAGCUGGAUGACCGGCAUAUAUCCAUUCAAACUAGGAAUGCAACGCGGAGUAAUAAUAGCGGGUACGAACGAAUGUUCUCCGUUGGAUUUAGAAUUCUUCCCACAGAAACUGCAAAAACUUGGAUAUUCUACCCAUAUGAUAGGGAAAUGGCAUCUAGGUUCCUGCAGUUGGAAUUGUACACCAAUGUACCGUGGGUUCGACUCUUUCUUUGGCUAUUACGAGGGCAUGGAAGAUUACUACACGAAAGUUAUAGGACUUGGUAUUGAUUUUCAUGAAAACAAAAAACCUCUUAAUGAUACGACAUAUUCUACUUAUCUGUAUACAGAUAGAGCUAAAAUGGUUAUAAAUAAUCACAAUAAAUCGAAACCCCUGUUUUUGUACCUUCCGUUCCAAUCCGUCCAUUCUCCUAUUCAAGUUCCAAAACGAUUUGAGGAUAUGUAUCCCAAUAUCAAAACCCAACAAAGACGCCAGUAUUGCGGCAUGGUAUCUGCUCUGGACGAGGCUAUAGGCAACAUAACUACGGCGCUAACUGACAAUGGAAUGAUGGACGACACCUUGAUCAUAUUUACUGCCGACAAUGGAGGUAUGCCAACACAAUCUGGGAACAACUAUCCUUUACGCGGAGCCAAAGCGACAAUAUUUGAAGGAGGAACAAGAGCAGCUUCUUUCGUUGUUGGAGCUGGAGUAGAAAAAUCAGGCUAUACAUACAACGGAUUAAUGCAUGCUGUUGACUGGCAUCCUACAAUUGUUGCCGCCGCUGGUGGAACUAUUCCAGAUAACUCUAACGAAAUAGAUGGCAUAAAUCAGUGGAAAGCUAUAAGUACUGGAUCCGAAUCUAACAGAAAAGAACUGGUAUAUAACUUAGAUAGUUCCGAACAGCCAGGUUCUCAGGGACAUGCUGCGAUACGUGUUGGUGAUUUCAAGCUUAUUCAAGGAUAUCCGGGGCCGUUUAGUGACUGGUACAAACCUGACCAGAUUUAUUCAGACAUUGACGAUGAAUUAAAUGAAAACGAUUAUUAUGCAAGACUCGAUAUAGAAGAUGCAAAUAAACAAAGAUAUGAAUGGAUAAAAGAAGGAUUUAAACAUGGCAGAAAAUGGGCGGGAAAUGGCCUAUACAACCUUAAGAAUGAUCCAACAGAACAUGAAGAUGUUAGCAAAUUGCACCCAGAUGUUGUAAACCAACUGAAAGCGAAACUGGAUGAGUACAGGAAAAGUUAUGUUGAACCUAAAACUUAUGCGUAUGAUCCUCGUUCGGAUCCCCAAAAGUUCGGCGGAUUCUGGACACCGGGAUGGUGUUGAGGGAAUUUUUGCAAGUGCUUUUCAAUAUGCACACUAAUUACACAGUAAUUACACUGUAUUUAUUUUAAAAAUCUUAAAGUAAACUGUUGAAGUUUUAACCUGCAUCACUUGUAUAUGUUGAUGUUUAUAUAUAGAGACAAAAAACUGA